GCGAGCCUCGUCUGUAUCCCUCAUCUGUAUCCAUCAGUGGGAGUCGAAGGGUCCAUUGGGCAUAUCACCCACUCUGAUUGCUUGUACCAAAACUAUCCCUUCGGCUACCCAUCUCUCUAACUACUUCGACUGUUGCCAUGUUUGGGGGCGCCGCGACGAAUCCAUACGAUGAGACCGUCACCAACGCAACGGCCGAGACGCUGACCUCAGAGCCCUGGGACCUCAUCCUCUCGCUCUGCGACACCGUCUCCUCCGCAUCCCCGCCCUCGACCGGCGCGCAGCUCGUCAUCGCCUCCCUCCUCAAGCGCCUGACGCACCGGAACCCCAACGUGCAGCUCUACACGCUCGCGCUCGCCGAGGCGCUCCAGAAGAACUGCGGGAUUGAGGUCUGGCGCGAGCUUGCCGGGCGGGCGUGGACGGCUGGGCUCGAGCGCGUCGUCACUGAUCGGAAUACACACGAGAAGGUCCGCACCCGCGCGCUGCAGCUCGUCGCACAGUGGGCAGAAGAGUUCGCGCACGACAGCACGCUGGAAUCAUGCAGGAAUGCUACGAGAAUCUCAAAGCGAAGAGUGCGUUUAUCGAAGUGCUCGAUAUGCCUGCCGACUGCGCUGACGGAACUCAGAUUACCGGUAUGUGGAGCCCGAGACGGCGCCGCCUCCUGCGGUCGACGACGCCGUGCGGCGGCGCGAGGAGGAGGAGCUCCAGCGGGUGCUCGAGCUGAGCAUGAACGACCGCGGCGGCCGGCAGUGGGGCAGCAGCAGCAAUGCGAACACAAGCAACAACACGAACACGGUGCAGGCGCCAGCGGAAGCGGGGCAUCGUCGAGUGCCGUCAACGGCUACGGUUCUAGCCCAGGGCCAGGGUCGGGAUACUCGGCUGCAGCUGGAUAUUCGGCGGCUGCGGCGGCGACGGGGUAUUCCGCAGCUUCGGCGUCAAAUUCUACCCGCUCCAUCAGCCCAACUGCUACUGCCAUAGGUGCGCCAGCGGCCGCCUCGACAGCGACGACAGCGACCGCGACGACGGCAACGGCCACGCCAACGGCGACGUCGACGACUCCCUCGCUCACUGACCCGAGCAGCAUUGUCACGCGCGUCCGGGCGCUGCACCCGUUCGCGCCCACGGAGCCGGGGGAGCUGCCGUUCGAAAAGGGCGACAUCAUCAAGGUCGUGGAUCGGGGCUACCGUGAUUGGUGGCGCGGACAGCUCAAGGGCCGCACGGGCAUCUUCCCCGUUAAUUACGUCGAAGCGCUACCCGAACCGACGCCCUCCGAGCUGGCGUCAGAAGCUGCAGCCGAAGCCAGCGUGUUUGCGCAGGCGGUGAAUGUGGAGAAACUGCUGAACAUGCUCAGGGCCCUGGAUCCGAGCAAGGGCGACAAUCUGGCGGACGACGAGGAGCUGCAGGAGCUGUAUCGGAGCUGUAUGGCGCUGCGGCCGAAGAUUGUCAAGUUGAUUGACAAGUACAGCCAGAACGGGGUGCGGUUCUUCCACUUUGCUCCUCGGAUCGAGACUGAGAUUGAUGCAGCGGACUUGUUUCGAUGA